UGAUUUAGUUAACUCCAUAUGUAUCACUUUUUUUUUCUCGUCUGCGCUUCAUCUCUCAGUUGCAACGAAAUUAUUUUAAAACUCUAUUCUAUUGGAUUUCAAGCACAACGAUGAAAUUGGCGCAACUUUGAUUGGCAAACAUUUCAUUUGAGUACAAAAAGUGUACAAGUUAAUAGGCGAGGACAAAAAAACGCUUAAAUUAAAACCAAAGUGUAGCUUAAAUUGCAAAAAUUAAUUAUUUAAAGUUUAUAAACGAACAUUUAAAGAGACCAUUUAAAUGAAUUUUCAUUUAUUCAGCAUAAAAGUCAACACCAUGAAUUCGAAGUGAUUUUAAACAUUAUUUUUUUUUUGUUUGAGAAAAUACGACAUAACAUUUCAAUUUAAAAUAUCCUGUUCGGUAAAGCUUAGUUUGUGAAUAAAUUCUUUUUGCUCCUGGUUUGAUGAACAUUUAACGGUGAAAGAAGUGAAUUGGCGUUCCAAGGGUAUCCACCCACUCCACAACGAAUCCAUUUGGCCUAAAGACAAGAUAAAUUAGAAGAAAUAAAAACCCUUCAAGAUGUCAAUGUCAGCUCUUAGUUUUUUACAAAACGCACAAACUGCACAAAGUUUAGCAGCUCUCCAAGCAAAUAUUUUGGCCAACAUGAAACAGGAUGAAUUAAAGCAUGGUUCGCCAAUAUCUCCAUCGUCACUAGCUGCCGCUACAUUGCCACCUGAAGCAACAAAUCUAUACGCUGGUCUAUUCAGUGCAGCAACUGGUUCACCCAUCAAUAUGUUAACACCACAAAUGUUUGCUGCCAAUCAAACGGCUGCUCUGUUAGCGGCCCGUUUAAAUUCAUCAACAUCAAAUUUCUAUCCGCAUUCGUUGAUCCCAUGGCAAUUGCCACCAAUCGUCAAUUCACCGCCAAUUUCUCCGAUUUCACCGACAUUGAGCGUGAAAAGUGUUAAGAAAAUAAAUAGCAACAAUAAUAUCGUCACUACCUCCACCGAUGAGGUCAAUAACUAUGAGCUAAAUUUUGAUAACAUUGGUGUAAAUGAUUUAGACUCGAGCAAAUCAUCAACAAAAAAACUUCGAAAAACUAACAGCUUAAAGAAGAAACGAAGUAAUCAAAUGUUAUAUCAACCGUACAAUAAUUUGGAAGCGUCACCAACAAUGGGUCGUACAGUGAGUCCAGGUCCAAUAAGUCCACCAACAUCUGGUUCAUCACCACAGUCAAUUGGUUCGAUGGAACAUCAAUCACCAUCAUCCACAUCAAUUCGCAGUACACCGAACAAAGAGCCAACCCGUGAUAAAUCGUUCACAUGCCAAACAUGUAACCGAUCAUUUGGCUACAAACAUGUACUACAAAAUCAUGAACGCACUCACACCGGUGAAAAACCAUUUGCAUGCCCUGAAUGCGAUAAGCGAUUCACACGUGAUCAUCAUUUAAAGACCCAUAUGCGUCUACAUACCGGUGAGAAGCCGUAUCAUUGCAAAUAUUGUGACAAACAAUUUGUUCAAGUGGCCAAUUUGCGACGUCAUUUACGUGUGCAUACUGGUGAAAAACCAUACAGAUGUGAACAAUGCAAUACCAAAUAUUCCGAUUCAAAUCAACUCAAAGCACACAUGAUAAUUCAUAAAGAUGAAAAACCAUAUCGUUGCGAAACAUGCAGUGCCAGCUUUCGACGCAAUCAUCAUUUGGUAAAUCAUAAAUGUGCAAAUGCACCAUUAACACCGGCCACAUCGCCAGUCAUUUCAUUGGAAAAUAAAUCGAUUGCAUCACGAUCCGAAACUAGUGAACGAUCAUUAGAUUUGAGCACAUCAAAUGCAGCAUUACUCAAGCAUUUUAAAUUGAAACAAAGUCAAGCAUUGCAACAGAUUUAUGAGAGUACAUUAUCGACGAUCAUUGAAAAUUCGGGCCAUGAAAUGCCGCUUGAUUUAAGCGUUGAAUCGAAUUCGGAAAGUAGCGAAAAACGAAAUACACGGAAAUCGAAUGAUCCACGUCACAUUUUACGUAUGCCAAAGGAAGAAGAUGAUGAAACCAUUGAAACAUCACCAGCAUCGGAACAAAUCGAACCAGAAGAUCUUAGCAUGCAUUCACCACGAUCCGAAUCACCGUUGCUUAGCGAAGAAGAUUUGGAUGAUUUAGACGAUGCCGAAUCAUUGAAUCGAAAGCAACAUUUACAAAAAUCCACCAAUUUUGAAUGAUCUGAAGCAUUUCCAUCACAUAACGAGUAUUUGACUGAAUAAAUCGUUUUAAUUUCCACAUGUCAAAGGUAUAUGUAUUUUGUUCUCUUUAAGAAGAUAGAGAAAAAUCACAAUUUCACCAUUUUAGCUGUGUUUUUGAGCCAAAAAAAAAUUGAUGUAAAAGGCAAGAAUCGUUUCUUCGCUUUCUUUCAUAGAUAUGUGUCAUUUAAGUUCAAUUUGUUAAUUGAUUUCGCCAUUCAAUUUAGUUAAUAUGAAUUGUUACAUUUGUUUUUUCGUUUUAAAUUAUUUUUCUUUCUCAGGCGUUUGUUAUGUCGCAUUUUCAAUAGGUGUUAAGUUAAACAAAAUUUAACGUGAAAAAAAAGAACAAAUGGUCGCGAGAGGCUAUUUAACCCCAAUAUCUGUGGUUAAGUCUGAGUACACCAAACAAUCAAAAUUUAUUUGUUUACAUUUUAAGUUUGAUUUUAAUGUGAGCUUUUAUUUUAAGUAAUUUUAUUUAAAUGUAAAUUAUUAUGAGUUUUUUUCUUGUAAAAUUUUCUGUUGCAUUCUUUGAUUUCUAUUGAACACUUGGAAUGCGAUUGUUGUGGUGAAAUACAAAAUGGGUAGUUUAAAGUACACACAGUUUUGUGUGCGAAAAAAAGGUAACCUAAAGAAAUUCUGACACACAACAUACACACUCAUCUGUACUGAUCAAAAUAUCAGGGAAUACUUUAUGCAUUAAGAUAAAUGUAAGAACAUAUAUUUAUACACACGCACUCACACAUCAUAAACUGACACUGCAAAUCAAUUGAAUUUAAGAUUUAAACUUGAAUAAAAACAAAUACCACAUAAAAAUGCCAUAGAUGUAUCGAAGUAGAGAAAUUAGGUUCUAAAAUUAUUUUAAAUAAAUGUAAAUAUGGUCUUAGUCGUA